AUGUCUUCAUCUUCAAGCGAGAUAGAACCAACAGCGUAUAACAAUAUGGAAACGGACGAGGAGUAUUGCAGACGCAAUGAUAUACAUGACCUUUCCAGCGUGGUCGGUGAUGCUUUCUCACAAAGUGUGCCAGACAUUGAUGGGCAAACGACCGAUUCCUCGAAGGAACUCGAGCCAAAUCCCAAAGAUAAUAGGGUGUUUCCUCCUUCCAGUGGUUCAUUCUUUUCUCCCAAUUUACAGGGUCAAAGGAAAAAAGUCUUUUUAAAGUUCAUCUUUACAAAUUGUUUGCUGGCCAUAAUUUGCUUUACGAUGUUCGUUUUGUUCUGGGGGGCUCUUUACGACACCAGCAAAUACCUGCACAAAGUUAAGCUUCUCGUUGUCAUCCAGGAACCUCCUUUGGUAAUUCUGGAUAAUAAUAGUUCCAUAGUGGUGCCCUCCAUAUCGUCUGCUUUGCCCACUUUCAUUAACAAAAUACCGUGUGAUUGGGAUAUUUAUAAUGCUUCUAGCUUCCAGACCAAAUUCCACGUAAAUACGCCCCAGCAAAUUAAUGACAAGGUCAUAGAUUUGAUCUAUGACGAAAAAUACUGGUUUGCCAUUAAUAUCAAACCAAACGCUACAGAGACUCUGUUCGAAUCACUGAUUAGUGAUACCGCUCCAUUAUUCAAUUCCACGCUGUUCAAUCAAGUGGUAUAUGAAACUGGUAGGGACCCAGCAAACCUGAAAUCCACGAUUCUACCGUUUGCACAGGGCAUUGAAGAAUACUAUGAAACGUUUUACACAUUGAAUUACCUACCUGCAUUAAUGACCAACAUUACGCAGAUAUAUCGUUACACAUUAACUGGAAAUGCAAGGCAUAUCACCGCAGCAGGUAACUAUAACUACGAAUACUAUGACCACAGACCAUUCACAGACCGUAUCCUGCUGGCGCCCACACAAAUCGGUGUUGUUUACUGCUUACUGUUAACCUUUUUCCAAUUUCUGUUAUAUGGCCCAUUGCACGUGGAAAUGGCAAAAGUGCUAAGACCAGCCAACGGGUUACUUUACCGUAUUGCCAUGUCAUGGUUCACCUUUUUCUUCGCGUCUUUGUUCUUCUGUACAACAACCGCCAUCUUUCAAGUUGAUUUCAACAAAUCCUUCGGUAGAGGAGGCUUCAUCGUAUAUUGGAUGUCCACGUGGCUCUUCAUGCUUGCUGCCGGUGGAGCUAACGAAAAUGCAGUGAUGCUUGUUAUUACCGUAGGCCCCCAGUACCUCGGGUUCUGGAUCCUAUCAUUCGUCAUCCUCAAUAUUGCUCCAUCUUUCUUCCCAUUAGCGCUAAAUAAUAACGUUUACAGAUAUGGUUACAUGAUGCCCGUCCAUAACGCCAUUGAUAUUUACAGGGUUAUUUUCUUUGACGUGUCAAAGCAUAAGAUGGGUCGGAACUAUGGCAUUUUAGUCGCACUCAUUGCUUUAAAUACGGCAUUGUUACCAUUUGUUAGUAAGUACGCCGGUAAAAAACUAAAAAAGAAGGCUUUAGCGGCAGCAAAGCAAAGUUGA